AUGAAGCUGAACGUCCAUGCGCCUCCCUUCUACCCCACGCUCGGCUGGAAGACUGCCAUCACGGACGACGUGAUCCAGGCGUUCAACAUCCCGUACUCCCCCGGCGUCGUGAACGCCGACGGGUUUGUCAUCCUUGACCAAGAGUUCUACACCCGCGAAGUCCCCGACGAAGAACUGUUUGACCCGGCGUUCUACCCGUUCACGCAAACGGACCUACGAGAGCUGGAAGCGUGUGACCAAAUGAACGAACUGCUCGCGGAGUUGGAACUGCUGGACAUGCAAGAGGAAUUGCACCGCAAACUCGCGGACAAAUGCCACGAACUCAAGGACAACCGCCGCAGCCAAGAGUCGACGAUCUGGAACAUCUUGAUGAAGACGUCCAAGGACGAAGAAGCCGCGUUUCGCGCGCUACGCAACAAGAAGCUCACGCCCACGCAUCAACAGCACGCCAAGAGCCCACGAUUCAGCCGUGGCCUCAACCAACCCCGCCAUUUCAAUUAA